CGGCAGUAGCCGCGGUGGCGGCGGCGCGAGACAGCUGAAGGCGGUGCGCGGGCGCAGAGUUUUGGGUCCGGCAGCUAGGCUGCGAGCGACCGCGGCGCCAAACCGAUGAGUAACUCAGAGCCUCAGGAGGAGACGUCACCCACACAAGGGUGUUUCUAGCCCAGCCAGCUUCAGACCAGGUGCCUGUAAGAACCCCAGCCACCCCGGUCACACUCUGUGCUAAGGCCCUGGAACCAUGUUUGGAAAGAAAAAGAAGCGGGUGGAGAUCUCGGCCCCAUCUAACUUUGAGCACCGCGUGCACACAGGCUUUGAUGAGCAUGAGCAGAAGUUCACGGGGCUGCCCCGCCAGUGGCAGAGCCUGAUUGAGGAGUCAGCGCGCAGACCCAAGCCCCUGAUCGACCCCGCCUGCAUCACUUCCAUCCAGCCUGGAGCCCCCAAGACCAUCGUGCGGGGCAGCAAAGGUGCCAAGGAUGGUGCCCUCACACUGCUGCUUGACGAAUUUGAGAACAUGUCGGUGACACGCUCCAACUCCCUGCGCAGAGAGAGUCCACCACCGCCUGCCCGUGCCCACCAGGAGAACGGAAUGCUGGAGGAGCGGGCAGCCCCGGCCAGAACGGCCCCUGACAAAGCUGGAGGCAGAGCCCGGGCCACAGGCCACAGUGAGGCAGGCAGUAGCAGUGGUGACAGACGGCGGGUGGGGCCGGAAAAGAGGCCCAAGUCUUCGAGGGAGAGCCCAGGAGGGCCCCAGGAGGCCUCCCGCGAUAAGCGCCCCCUCUCUGGGCCUGACGUCAGCACUCCUCAGCCUGGCGGUCUGACCAGUGGGACAAAACUGACAGCGGGCAGGCCCUUUAACACAUACCCACGGGCUGACACGGACCACCCACCCCGGGGUGCCCAGGGGGAGCCACACACCAUGGCCUCUAAUGGGCCAUCAGCCACAGGCCUGUCUGCUCCUCAGUCUUCCUCCCGGCCUCCUGCCCGAGCCCAGCCCAGCCCAGGAGUGCUGGGCCCCCAUGCCUCUGAGCCCCAGUUGGCGCCCCCAGCACGUGCCCUUGCUGCCCCUGCUGUACCCCCUGCCCCUGGGGCCCCUGGGCCUCGCUCACCACAGCGGGAGCCUCAGCGAGUGUCCCAUGAGCAGUUCCGGGCUGCCCUGCAGCUGGUGGUGGACCCAGGGGACCCUCGCUCCUAUCUGGACAACUUCAUCAAGAUCGGCGAGGGCUCCACAGGUAUUGUGUGCAUAGCCACUGUGCGCAGCUCAGGCAAGCUGGUGGCCGUCAAGAAGAUGGACUUGCGCAAGCAGCAGAGACGUGAGCUGCUCUUCAAUGAGGUGGUGAUCAUGCGGGACUACCGGCAUGAAAACGUGGUGGAGAUGUACAACAGCUACCUGGUGGGUGACGAGCUCUGGGUAGUCAUGGAGUUCCUGGAGGGAGGCGCCCUCACAGACAUUGUCACCCACACCAGGAUGAACGAGGAACAGAUUGCUGCCGUGUGUCUGGCUGUGCUUCAGGCGCUGUCUGUGCUCCAUGCCCAGGGUGUCAUCCACCGCGACAUCAAGAGUGACUCCAUCUUGCUGACCCACGAUGGCCGGGUGAAGCUGUCCGACUUCGGGUUUUGUGCCCAGGUGAGCAAGGAGGUGCCUCGGAGGAAGUCACUGGUGGGCACACCGUACUGGAUGGCCCCCGAGCUCAUCUCCCGCCUUCCCUAUGGGCCAGAGGUGGAUAUCUGGUCACUGGGGGUGAUGGUGAUUGAGAUGGUAGAUGGGGAACCCCCCUACUUCAACGAGCCACCCCUCAAAGCCAUGAAGAUGAUUCGGGAUAACCUGCCACCCCGACUGAAGAACCUGCACAAGGCGUCACCGUCUCUGAAAGGUUUCUUGGAUCGCCUGCUGGUGCGUGACCCAGCCCAGCGGGCCACUGCCGCCGAGCUGCUGAAACACCCGUUCCUCACCAAGGCGGGGCCGCCGGCCAGCAUCGUGCCCCUUAUGCGCCAACACCGAAACAGAUGAGCCCGAGCCUAGUCCUGAACCAAAGAGUCCCGGGCCACCCUGCCCGGCAGAGGCCAGUUGAGGGCCAGCCGGCUCCCACAGCCCAUGAGACACUCAAGGGCACCACCGUCACUGUGCUGGGGCCUUCGUGGGGCCCUACUGCUGAACUCUGGUUUUGAUUCCAUGACUUGUAAAGCCACACCAGGACAUGUGGGAGCAAGUGAGGCUCCCAGGAUAUCCCAGGACGGGCCCAUCCACUGGGCGCUGUCUACAGGAAAGAAGACGGCUGCCCCAUCACUGGAAAACUGCAUCAGGGGCCACUGAGGCAGAGCAGAUGCUGUGAGAAAGGUGGUGUGUGUGUGUGUGUGUGUGUGUGUGUGUGUGU